UAUGAAGCGGACCGUCGGCGAUUUAUUCGGUCUCUUCUCCGCAGCUACCGCUACCGCCGCCGCCGCUUCCGUUCCUAUCCGCCGUGGUAAUCGCGUAUUUGUUCUCUCACAAGUGACAAGUGGUGAAGCGCAGCAGCCCUUUCUCUAUCGACGUUCGAUUGCAAUUUUGUACUCUUCCUCCUUCAACAUGGAACCAGGGGACAGUUAUCACCACGGUGCUAAUCUCCAUAACGUACUCGACAAUAAAGAAAAGAUGACGGCUGAAAAUCCCUUUUCUAGUGAAUUCAUCCAUGAGGCUGACAUGCUCGAAAGGUCUUCUUCACGCCUAGGAAACUCAAACAGUCUGUUAAGUACUCCUCAACCAAGUUUGGUCUUACCAAACUCCCCGUUUGAUUAUCAGCAUAAUUUUAGUAACGAUUACGGUGCCUCUUCUUCUGGUGUUAAUCGAAACAGAGAUGAUUUUGAUGAGAUUUCUAGGCAGACGCCAAAUGGUCUUGAUUCUGAUGUUGAGUUGUCCAACUGUUUAGCUGGUCAGAAGGACAAGGUUAGUGUGGAUCGAGCCAUGUUAGACUUGCCAUUGACUCAUAUUGUUACUUCAGCAUUCGAGGCAAUGAAUCUCGGUGAUAGAAUUGCUUCUAAUCCUAAUUGCAAUAUUUUCGAACAAGCUUCGUGUAGUCUUGCUUUCUCACCGGAUAGAACAAGAGGCAAACAGAUUGCAGAAGAUGAUCAGCAGCAAAUUGAAGCCAAUGGCUUUGCUUUGGAGCCUGUAAAUGCUCGAGUUUGUCAUCCAAUAUCACAGCGGCAGUUCUAUACGGAUGCGGCCUUCCGAGAACCAUGGCACCAGCAGUGCGAAUUUAACCAGCAGUACUAUACGGAUGAGACUGCUGGCGAAGGUUGGUACCGGCAUUGCUCUUUCGAGAAUGAGGAGAGGUAUACAAGUCAGGCUCAGCAUCUUUUUACACAACAGCUUCAAAACCAAAGUUCAGAGCAUGUUCUUGGCAGUCGAUCAUAUUUUCCUACUUCCAUUUCUUAUGGAUCAGCACAAGGGAAUGCAAAUCAUUAUGAUACUGCCAAUGUGGUUAACAGAAAUUAUAAUUCUUCAGAGCUCGGAAGAUGCCUUUGCGAAUACGGUCACCUAUCAAACAGCUCUUUGGUCGCUAGGCAACAUGAGCGUUCACCUGCUUAUGACCCAUGCCCAAACUUGGUUUUUCCAAGAGGAAAUAGAUUCACGGGUAAUUUUGAGGAUAAAUAUAUGUAUGAUUCGUUUGACAAUAGCUUUAGAGAAUUACGUAUAUCUGAAAACGCUCCAGACGGUUUGGUUUUCCGAGAAGGAAGUCAUGAAGAAGAUAAUGAGAUGUUUGAUAAUCUGAUCGAUGAUGUUGUUGGGCUAAUGCCCAAUUCCUUGUGGAGUUCUAUCGUCCAAAAGAUAGUAAAGAAAUGUAAUGAAGAGCAACUAAAACGACUAGUUGAGAGAAUUUCAAGGAAUGGAUUCGAACUCUUAAAACUCUGCUGCAAUCAUCAUGCGACUCGUGUUGUUCAGAAGAUUAUCGAAAAACUCAGACGCGCUGAACAAUAUCGCAUGAUUGUAGUAGCUCUGAAGCCUCAUGUAGUGACAUUGAUAAAGGAUAGCAAUGGCAGCCAUGUUGCAGAGUGCUGCUUCAAGUUUCCACCAGAAUACAGAGAGCCACUUUUUGAAGAUGCGGUUACUAAUUGUGUGGAGCUAGCAAGGGAUGGUCAAGGCUGCUGCGUUCUUCAGAAAUACAUGGAAUUGGUAGAGGGAGAUCAGAAAUUCCUAUUGCUGAGAACGCUCACGUCAAAUGCUUUCGACCUUUCGCAAGAUCCUUCCGGAAACUACGUGGUGCAACAUAUUAUGGAACAAGAAAUUUCAUGGGCAACCAAUGCAAUCCUCGAUCAGCUGGAGGGAUGCUACGCACUUUUAUCGUUGCAGAAAGUCGCCAGCCAUGUGGUGGAGAGAUGUCUCAUAGCUGCAACUGGUGAGAGACUGGACAGCAUGAUCAUGGAGCUGAUCAGAGAUCCUCGUACUCUUCUUUACAUCUCUCAGAAUCAGUAUGGGAAUUAUGUGAUUCAAACAGCUCGAAAGCAAUGCACGGGUGCACUACUAGCUGCUUUUCGUGAGGCCAUCAGACUCCUUGCUCCAGCACUCGGUUCCAAUCCUUAUGGAAGGAAAGUUCUUGCGAGCAUAAACCGCAAAUAGCAGUUGAUUUGUGCAUCAAUUUUCAUUGAUACACUUCUUUUUUUAUCUUCCCCUAGAGUGCAAAGAGUCCGGUAGGUAUGUUUCUGAUUUUGUAUCAAGUGAUGAGUGUUGUUUGUAGAAACAAAUAGUUCUUGUUGUU